AUGACGAUCACGAAAGAGGAAGGCGAAAAAUGGGCGAAAGAUUUCUUCGCCGCGUUCCAACUCGGUUUCGCGGGGAACAAUCACGGGGAAACCUUGAAACCGUUUCUGGCGGAAAAAAUGAGCUGGGAUUGGAGCGAUGGAUUCUCGGGAACCGACGAGCCGAGCUCGACGUUGACGGAUAAAUUCGCACAAACGUGGGGGUUUAUGGUUGAGAAAGUUAUCGCCCAUCCGAUCGUUUUGGUGUCCACGACGGACGACCGCAUCGAAAUGUUCUCGCCGACGUUUGUCAUCCAAAUUAACGGUGGGCUCCCAGUCUCUUACCCAGUCGGCCAACCGGUCUCGUUCACGAUGACGGUCAAGGACGGCAAAGCCACCAAUUGGGUCGGACUAUGGGAUCAGGGAGACGCGGAGAUGAACGACGCGAUCGCGAAAGUCACCGCGGCUUUGGAAGCCGCAAAGACAUCCGAUGCUUAG